CUCUGUCUUAGGCAUAGACGAUAUACUUCAUACAAUUAUGAUGAACGUCGUCUUCAACAUCUUCAUCAUCCUAUUGUCUAUCAUCACAAUGCAACACCUAUACGGGUGUAGUAGUAAAAAUGGAGGAAAAACUACUACGACUACCUCCGGGCCGGCGACGACGACUACUUCCCCAUCUACUCCAUUCCCAACAUCCCCUCCUGGUAAACCUCAUCCUACUGGGCUAUAUGCAUUCAAUGGUGAAAUACAAAAAGGGGUGAAUGCCAGCUUUGAAGCCGACUUCCCACAACAGCCUGACAUCAUCAAUUACUUGAACGUUACCGUUGUUGCUGUUAAAGUGUUCGCGAAGAAUGUCCAUUAUCAUUUCAUAGGCAAUACUAAUAAUAUGGAAAUGAAGGUGAGUGAUAUACCAUCACAAUAUCAGGCGAUAAUGAAAACGGUCGGCUUUGCAUACUUUCAUGCGAACGAGUCUAUCCGUAUAACGAUUGGUGCGCUGUCGGGAUCACCAUCUAUUUAUCUCACAAGAAAAUAGAUCAUUGCUGACUCGACAAUCCAAACUUGAUGUAUGCUUAUCACAUCAUGUGAUAUGUGUUCUUUGGAAAAGUAGCUUUGUCAAAUGAUCAGCAGUUUUUCUCCUUAUCUUCCAUAUUUGAUCAAUACGAAACCACUUUAGAUAUGA